UACGAUAGAUUUAGAGAAUUUGUAACCUCUUGUGAUUAAAGCUCAUUUUGUUUCUUCAUUAUAGUCCGAACUGAUCCACAAAUAUGGAUACCCAAUCGAACGACACGAAGUUAUCACCGACGACGGAUAUGUGCUGGCGUUAACGAGAAUUCCUCCCAAGGAUAAACCAUCCAAUCUAUCGCUUCCGAAACUUCUGGUGCACGGAAUGAUUGCUAGUUCUGCCGAUUUUCUUAUCAUCGGACCUAACAAUAGUCUCGCCUAUCUGUUGGCUGAUCAGGGCCAUGAUGUAUGGAUGGCGGAUCUGCGCGGCAAUCGAUACUCUCGUCGACACACCACCCUGUCACCUGACUCACGUGCGUACUGGGACUACACCUGGCACGAGAUGGGCUACUACGAUCUGCCGGCCAUGAUCGAUCACAUCUUGCAUGUGACCGGUACAAGGCGCCUCCAUUACAUUGGGUUUUCGCAGGGAACUACCGUGUUCUUCGUGAUGGCCUCCAGUCGGCCAGAGUACAAUGAAAAAAUUAGUCGAACGUACGCCCUAUCAGCGGCUGUAUAUGUGGAGCACGUCCGAAGUCCCAUCUUUCGAUGGAUCGCAGAGAACAUUAAUGCCAUCAAGUAUUUUCUAGACACUAUGGGACUAUGGCAGUUGUUACCCCACAACAAGGCACAGUAUGCACUGCAGAGAACAUUGUGUCCACCAAGCAUAGCGCGGAAUAUUUGUGUUCAACUGAUGGAACUGUUAUAUGGACCCAAUCCCAAUGGAACGGAUCCGCUGGCACAGCACGUGAUUGCUGGACAUAAUUCUUCCGGAGCAUCAAGCAAACAGCUGCAACACUUCGCUCAGCUGAACCGUUGCGGUUGUUUUCAACAGUUUGACUACGGGCGAAAGGAACUGAAUCUUGAGGCCUAUGGAAGUGAACAUCCACCGAAAUACAAUUUGUCCGCUGUCACUACACCAAUUGUGAUAUUUUACAGCCUAAACGAUUGGAUGGUAGAUCCAGCUAAUGUUGUACGACUAGCGAGUGAGCUACCGAAUCUCGUUUCCAUGACCGUUGUAGAGGAUCCCAACUUCAACCAUCUUGAUUUUAUGAUAGCGAAACGUGUUCGUGAGCUUGUGUAUGAUAAAAUUCUGCUCGACCUGAACUUAGAAGCAUAAACUGUUCAUCAAAUGUUAUGUUGUAAACAUAACUAGCAGCGGGAAAGCUAACCAAGAAGAAUCCAACCCGAUAGUAAAGAGUCAGCUAGAGUAGUGAAGCGGUUACCAUAAACCAAGUGUUAUGCUAUUUGGGUAAUUUGAAAUUGAUAGUUGGGAGCCAAGUAUACCUCAGUCAUAAGGACACCUUGGCUUCCUGUAACGUGUGCACAAAUACCAAUAAGAAUAAAGGAGAAUGCAAGUAGUGAACUUAGUGAAAGAACGUGUUUUUUCUUUGCUUCCGAAAGUCUUACUUAUGUCCUCUCUUGCUACAUAAAUAUACAGUCCACUCGAAGAACACCAAGAAUGUAGGCCACGUGGAAAAGCGCUGUAAGAACUGGCUCACGGGAAAAAAUGAGAAGAAAAUGUUCUUUUUAAUUCGAAAGCCAAUACGGAAUGUAGGAAUAAAUAUAAAUCUUUCAUUGUACAAAAAAUUAUAAAUAGAUAUAUUUUCGAUUUCUGCUAAUAAUUGUGGAACUCGGCACAGUGCUCGCCUAUCAAUUUUUAUAUUUUUAUACCGAGCGAUUUAAAGUGGUCAUUCAUUUAGCAAUUAAAUCGCUUUCAUUGAAAGAAUUUGGUUUUAAAUGAGCGAUUAAUAUAAUAAUAAGUUUGUUCUGUUGUCAGCGUAUGUAGCAAUACCGCACUGAUAUGGGUAUGGAUCCGAAGCCUCUAGAAGGAUGAUAUAGACACUCCAUACCAUACUCCGACUCAAUACAUCCACGACGUACAGAUCGGUAACAUAUCUCUCCAAAUAUCUGAGCUUGGGUAUAAGGGAAACCCAACCCCUUGGGAAGAUGGGUCC